GACUUAAGUUAAAUAUUUCAAGUGGAAGGUCAGAAAGGGAAUCGCUCCGUCCAAGCGUAAUCACUUUCGUUCAAUACUGUUUAUAAAUAUUUAUUACAUGAUUUUGUUUCCAAGUAUUCGUUUCAUUUACGCCAGUCUAAAUAAAUACACAAAUAGAGCCAUAACAUAUUGAAUCAGAUUGAUUCCAUGGCUCUCACCUUACAUGUAUUUAUUACAUUCUCGCACAAAGUCACGGCACGUUGAAGCGAAUAUAUGUAUUUUUUGUGUUAAUGUUUCAUCUAUUGACAGUGUGCAACGAUAUUUUUGUACCAUCGAUGUGUCAGCUGAGCGUUAAUCCGUCCAUUAUACAUUAAUUUAAUUUACUUUGUACGGUACGGUUUUCGAUUUAUUUUGUUUUUCGUUACUUCAUCGUUCGUCAUAUGCCAAGCGAAGCAGGCAUUUCCAUUAUUUGCAAAUUGAAAUUUAUUUCUAUUAGACACGAUUCAGCCACACGAGAAAGCAUUGAAAAAGUUCUGUGUCGCACAAAGAAACCCUUGAUCUAAGUUAACUGAUACAUUUCAAAAUAGUUUCGAUACUUGUUGAAUGUUGCGAUCACAAAGUGCAAGACAACAAUGACGAGGAAUCGAAUGCAGAAUUUUAGUUCCUAUUGUUUAUUGAAUAUUCUCAUUUCGGUGGUUAUCAGUGGUGCCAUUGAAAUAUCACUAUUCGAUGGUUGGACCGUAACAAAUGGAAAUCAGAGUAUUCAAAUACACAAUGAACAAAUCCCAUCAGGUAUUUACACCGCUUUGGAGCAUGCAAAUAUCACCGAUUCGGUUUUAAACAGUUACAAUGAUGUUAAUCUGCGAUGGAUCGCUAAGGACAAAUGGAAGUACUCAGUGAAUUUUGGUGUUACGGAGGAGCUUCUGAAUCAUUCGCAAAUUUUACUAGUUUUUCACGGUAUUGACACGAUCGCAAAUAUCACUAUAAAUAGUCAAGAGCUGUUGCCCAAUCCAAAUAACAUGUUUGUACGAUAUCGCUACAAUGUUCGCGAUAAAUUGAUAACGUCGAAUAAUUACCUCGAAAUUCAAUUUCAAUCACCGAUUGACGCAGCAAAACAAUAUGCCGCCGAAAAUACAUUCACACCGCCCGAAUGCCCACCGAAUGUUUACCAUGGCGAAUGUCAUAUGAAUCAAUUGCGAAAAAUGCAGGCGAGCUUCUCAUGGGAUUGGGGCCUUGCAGCCCCUUCUAUGGGCAUUUGGAAGCCAGUCGUUCUGGAGGUGUAUGACACGGCGAUAAUUCGUGAUGUCACAUUUUCAUUGCAUUCCUUGGAAGACCAAUGGCAAGUUGAUUUAUCCAUAUACCUGGAAUCUGGCGUCGGUUCACAGACUCCGCGUUCAGUCGAAGGAUAUUUGUUUAUCGAUUUGAUGGAUGUACCGGAAACUCCCAUCAUAGAAAAGCAUGUGCUCAUCUCCAAAACAACCGAUGAUUCAUUCAAAGAAACAAUUACAUUUUCUGUUCCUAAGCACUUGGUCGAAUUAUGGUGGCCAAAUGGAUUUGGUAAUCAAACACUGUAUCGCUUGAAUGUUACUUGGUUGGGAGAAAAUCGUGAUAUCUAUACCAAUGAGAUUAAACAAAUUCCGAUUGAAUAUUUGCGCUCGAAAAAAGUGGUACGGGUGGGCUUUCGAACCGUUGAACUACUUGAAGAUAAAACGGACACUGGCAAUUUGUUCUAUUUCAAAGUGAACGAUGUACCGAUAUUUAUGAAGGGCACAAACAUGAUUCCAACGGAUAUUUUGCCCGAGAACAUGUUUGACAACGAAAAAAUUGAAUAUUUAAUACUUUCGGCCAAAGAAGCUCACAUGAAUUCGAUUCGCGUGUGGGGUGGCGGUGUAUACGAAUCCGAUUAUUUCUAUGAUUUAGCCGAUGAGCAUGGCAUUCUCAUAUGGCAGGAUAUGAUGUUUGCCUGUGCAAUGUAUCCCGUUUAUCCAUCAUUUUUGAAAUCCGUUGAAUUGGAGAUCGUUCAAAAUGUCCGCCGCUUACAACAUCAUCCAUCGAUUCUGCUUUGGGCAGGAAAUAAUGAAAACGAAGCGGCUUUAAUUCAAAAUUGGUAUGGAACAAGGCGCGAACAACCGAGAUUUAUACAAGAAUACGUUCAACUGUACAGAGAUGUGAUUGAAAAAGCCGUCGUGGAAAACGAUCAAUGGCACAUUUGGUUGUAUUCAUCGCCAUCAAAUGGUAACCAAUCACAGCAAGUUAUCAAUGAAAAUCCACAGGAUAAUAAUCACGGUGAUGUUCAUUUUUACAACUACAUUUUGGAUGCAUGGACUCCAAAUAUUUUCCCUAAGGCCCGAUUCAUAUCCGAAUAUGGUUUUCAAAGUGUUCCAUCGAUGCAUAGCUUGGAGCAAACGAUGUACUCGACCGAUAGUAUCGGUGACCUCAUUGGACAUCGUCAACAUUUUCCAUUUGGCAGCAUUCCAAUCACAACGGCGAUCAAUAGAAAUUUUAAAUUGCCCAAGAAAACCGAUAGCAACUACUGGGACGCAUACAUAUACUUCAGCCAAAUAAAUCAAGCCAUGUCAACGAAAAUUGAAACCGAAACAUAUAGGGUUGGACGCUUUUUUGAGUGGAAAACAAUGGGCGCUUUAUAUUGGCAAUUGAAUGACGUUUGGACAGCACCAUCAUGGUCGAGCAUUGAGCAUAAUGGAAACUUCAAACUAUUACAGUAUUGGGCAAAAGAAUUCUUUGCUCCUACGCAUGUUGUGGCUCACAUCGAUCCAUUGGACAAAUUGAAUGUAUUCAUUAUUAAAGAUACGAUUGGACGAGCUCCAACACUCAAUCUAUUUUUACGCAUUUACAAUUGGUCGAGUUUAAAGCCGGUUCUUCAACGAAGUUUCGUUAUAUCGAUGCCCGAAAAAUUUGUUGAACGUGUGAUUCAUGAAAACCUAAACGAUUUCUUGAACGAUGCGAUUACGAAAGAGAAUAGCUUUAUGAAUUUUGAGCUAAGAGAUAAAACGAAUGGGGAAUUGCUUUCAACAAAUUUCCUUCUGUUGGACAAAUUUAAAAAUAGCAAACAAAUAACAAAUCCACAGUUGCAGUACAACAUCACAAACGAACAUUGCAAUUCAAAGACUAACUUGCAUUCGGCGACAAUUGAAAUUUCGGUAUCGGCGCCCACCAUUUUUACAUACAUCAAAAUAAAAAUUCUACAAAUCGAAACAUAUAAGUUAUCAAAAAAUGGCUUUAUUCAACUAACGUCGAAGGAUUUAGUUACAAUAUCAUUUUAUAAUCGAAAUUGUGCAAUGGCAUUUACCAACGACGAUAUACAAAUUCUAACCGUUAAUGAUUUUCUAACAACGUAAUUUUUGCGCUAUUAUGAGUUACUUUUCAUUUUGUAAACAAUUGUUUAUGACUCGUCUGCAUUUCCAUCAUUUAUUUUCACAUAAUUUUUUUUUUCUUUUUGGCUCGUAUCAACCUUAUCAUUUUGUGUAUUUAGUUGUUUGUAUUCCGUGAAAUUUGUUUACAACCACACUUCAUACCAAAAUACAAUGAAUAAUUUAGAGCAAAAUAAAAUUAUACAAAUAACUAUAUAAUUACAAUAAAAUGAAUUAAUAAUACUAAUAUGCAAUUAAA